AUGGCCGAUUCACUCUUGUCGACGCCAGGGAACUCCAUCACAGGUUAUACUGUACAGCUCGGGAUCUGGACGAAUUGGUCUCGUGGUUCAGUGCUCGGGCCUACCUUAACCUUGAGUCGAAAACACGGGUCUCUUCUCAUAGCAUUCACAGCGUUUUUCAUCACCAUCGUCGCCACUCGUUUCUGGCGCAUUGCUUGUUCAGUCAUCCACAGGGGUCUUUCAGUUGUAGAACCUCGUGAUGCCCUCCAUUUCCAACGCCAGGCUAUCUUUCGCAAUUCAACAUCGUCGGAGUCUGCACUGUGGUCAUUGAUGCAGAUUUCGUGGGCUUGGCGCCGCUUAGAUCAUAGAUGUCUUGUUCGCACCCUGCCGUCCAUCAGCUUUGCUGCUAUUUGCUUACUAGCCUUCGCAUUCGCUAGCGGCUUCUCGUCUAGCAUAUCCACAGCAAUUGGAGAUGAAGUGUUGAUUGACGGGACGCAUUGCGGGUUUCUGGACUUUACUACUCUGGAAACUGACGAAAUUACUCAGAUCUUUGAUCCUUGGGAGGCUAGUACUAUUUCCAAUGGUGUCAAUUAUGCUAGUCAAGUUUACUCCCCCAGUAGCAGUACUGGCGCGUUUGACAGCACAAAAUUUGCCCAACGAAUAUUAAGGACAGAGAUGAACAAUAAAGCGCCAUGCCCAUUCAAGGACACUUUAUGCCGACUCAGUUCGUCAAAUCUGGUUCUGGAUAGUGGGUUUAUUGAUAUUGGUUACGACCUUGGAGUCAACUUUCAGCCAGACCGAAGCAUGCUAUACAGGCAGGUUCUUCAUUGUGCUCCAUUAGUAACGAAAGGUCGCAAGAAGAAGACAACAUUAAACGGUCUUCCAAAUUACACGACUUACAGUUACGGUGGCGCCCGUUGGAUCAUACCCACAAAUGAAAGCACUAAUUACACAUUCUCUAUCAAGGAUAUCCAAUCUCAAUAUACCCCGGAAAGCACCAGUGCAAGCCCCAGCUAUUCGCUAAGUAUACUCAGAUCUUUAAGGACGAAUGGUACAAACUCGAAAGGAGAAUUCAUUGCUGAGCGAGACCUUCAAAGAGUGGAUGCGGAUACCUAUCUUAUUUUCCUUUCUGGAAAUGGAGUUGUGUCAAGUACACCACUCAAUGAUCCGUGGUAUCGGUUUCAUGACAUAGCAAAUUUCACGAUUGUACAGGUAGAGUCCAAUGAAGAAACUUUCUCAUACCAGCCAACUGAAGCAGCUUCACCACUUGGCUGUGCUUACCAAGUACAGAUCUGCAAAGGAGGUGUGGCGAGUGAAGAUUCGUGUGGGCCCCUGGCCAGCUACAGUGAUGCAUGGGGAGGUGCAGCGCCUCUUUUCGGCGUCGAUACGGAAGCAAUAUACAACCUGGAGACAUAUCAACUGGUAAAGACCUACGCUGCUGAUGAGAGCGCCAGUCGUUUUAUAUGGCUUCUGAGAAUGAUUACCAAUAGUCAAACUGAUAUCACUGAUAUUGUGACUAAAAUUGGUUCCCAAUCGCUGGAAUCGUCCAAGAGCCUUGUUACUGGCAUUCAAGGACCACUCCCCGAGGAUCAAUGGAUGCUUGAUGUGACCUACUGGUGGAACAUUACAUUAGCAGUUUUGCAAGCUACUUUUGUCGAUACGGCAUAUGGGUCGACUACCCCGGAAAGUUCUCGACUUCAGAUCAACGCGACUAAUGCAGGGCAGGCUAGUAUAUGUCAAAACCAGAAAAUUCGCAGUACAGAUUACGUCUCUAUAAGCGUUUUUGGAUUACACUUCACAUACAUCAUCGGAUUUCUUAUUAUUAUUGCCUCUCUCGUUAUCGAUCCCCUGUUUACCUGUGCACAAAAGCGGUGGAAGUACAGAGAAUAUGAGAACUUAGAAUGGAUAAGCAACGAAACGCUUCAGCUUCAGCGUCUUGCUUACGACGAAAGUGGCCAGGGAGAGUGGUCGAAGUGCACUGAUACCAUUCCUAUAACCGUGCCCGAUCAAAAACUCGGUUCACUGAACCUGACCAACCUAGAACACCCCAGGCUGAGUCACCCAAGAUCUCCUCGUUCUAGCAAAGACAUCCCAAUGUCUUCAUUAGUCAUUCAAGGGCGAAAUGAGAAUAACUGCAAUCACGAAGAGCUAGGGGUCAACGAAAACGAUGAAAACAGAAGCAACGAGCGUUGUGAGCAACCUCUGGAACAACGCGAGGGACGUGGAUCAACCCAUGGAGAUUCUAGUCGAGAAAAUUCCCCCACUACCUUUGCGUUCCACCCUCGUUCGCCAAUGUAGUAUAUGUAGCUGAGUACACCCCUUCCGUGGGAGUAGGCAGAUUCGAAGCGAGUUAUGAGAGCCAUUUGAUGGGGUCUUGCGUCC